CAUGCCUCAUGUGAUGGGUCUCACUUUUCUCUAACCUCCCCACUUUCACAAUAAAUACUUGCGAUCUCACUCUCUGCUACACCUCCCUCUCAUGUGCUAUCUCCUCAACAACCUAUAAAACCAUUAACCUCUAAUUCCUUACUCUGCCGACCCUUUUUUCACUCUCCCCAUCCCAUCAUAUUAGUGUACAUACAACAACACUCUCACAUACAUCUAAACAUAGUGUGUUCUUGUGUUUCAUUUCACAAAUGGCUCCACUACUUCACUUCAACAGCAAAAAACUCCUCCUAAUCUCUCUUCUCUUCUUCUUCCUUUUUCUUUCCAUCUUUUCCUUCACCACCUCCUCUCAACCUCAACUCAACAGAAAACACUCAUCAAACAUCAAUACAAGAAGAACAUUGUUGGAGCUGGAAACUGAACAAGAACAAAAACAAGAAUCUGAAUCUCAACAUCCCAUCAAAAAGAAACCUAGUCCCAAAAACCAAACCAAGUUAAUCAAACCAAACAACCUCUCAAAAAACCAAACCAAAACAAUCAAAUCCAAUACCACAAACACCCCCUCCAAAAACCAAACAAAACUCACCGACACUACAACCAACCUUAAAAAACUCAACUCCACAAUCUUCAAAACCAAGAAACUCAAUUCCACAUCAAAAUCCACCGCCACCAAAUCACUGGAUCUCAUCAAAGCAAGUACCAGCAUCACCAAAAACAAAACGACAAAAUCCACCGUCACAAAAACAGAUCAGCAAGAAUCAAAGAAACCAAACAAACCCAACACCAACAAGAAACAAACACCACCUAGUUGGUUGUUCGACGAUGAAGACACCGAUUUCGUUUCAGAUUUCAAAGAUCUCCCAAUGAGAUUCCAACAAACACUAAUCCCCGACCUCGAAAAAAUCUCCACAACCUCAAAAGCCUACAUAACAAAAACCAACAAACAGAUCACAAACAAUUUCAAACCAUACGUCGGCAACAAAUACGCACCAACCAUCGCAACUCUCCUCUCUUGCACCUGCGUUUUACUCCCACUACUCCUAGCCUCACUUCUCUUCAACAAAAUCAAAGCCUAUUUCUCUCUCCAAAAGCUCUUAAUCUUCAUCCAAGCUUAUCUAUCAAUCUACUUCUCCAUUCUCUGUUUCUCUUCCUUGAUCACUGGCCUCGAACCGUUGAAGUUUUUCUACUCUACUUCGCAGUCCACGUAUCUUACCCUGCAGAUCAUUCAAACACUCGCUUACGUUUUCUACCUUCUGUUACUUCUCAUGUACCUUGUUUUGGUUUUCUCGACGGAAAAUGGUUUGGGCUCAAAGCUCAUGGGCUUGGCCCAAACGUUUGCGGGCUUUUCGGUUGGGCUUCAUUAUUACAUGACGGUGUUUCAUAAAGUGGUGUUGCGGCAACCGCCGAAGACUAAUUGGAAGAUUCACGGGAUUUAUGCCACGUGUUUUGUUGUGAUUUGUGUUCUUGCUACUGCUGAGAGAAGGAAGAAAACUUACUUGGAAGAAGGUGGAGAAGAAGGAAAGAAGAAUUAAUUAGUUAUACUUUUUUUUACAAUGCUGUUAAUUUUUUUCUUUAUCAUUUUAAUUAUUAAAUUGGAAUUGGAUUAUCUUAAGAAAUAUAUACCAAUGUUGUUAAUGUGAUGGGAUGUAAUGUAAUGCCGUAAGGCUUUGGCUUGUUAUUUAA